AUGGGUUCCCUUGGCUCCACUCACUUCCCCGUCCUCGACGACACCCGUCCCGAGGACAACUCCCUCCCGGCCUUCAUGGUCUCCACCACCCGCGGCUUUCUGCCCCGUGCAGACCCCGUCGCCGUGUUGCCAUCGGAGUUUGCGCCUCUCGAGGAAAUCUUGGCAGAAAUGCCCGUCAAGAAGCUCGAUGGCACCCCCGGUCUCUUGGCAUCGUCCAAGCUAGGCGACAAGGUUGACAACGAGUUCCCCAACCUCACGGAUGCCAUCGACAAGUACAAGGACAACUUGCCCUUGAUGAACGCACUCUACCGCGACUACUCGUUCCUUGCCUCCGCCUACUUGCUCGAGCCCUGCCAUGAGCGCUUCGUGAAGGGUGAGGGAUACGGCCUUGGACGCCAGGUUCUGCCUAAGAGCAUCUCACUUCCCAUUGCCCGCUGUGCUGAGAUCACCGGCUUCAAGCCUUGGAUGGAGUAUGCCGGCUCCUACGCUCUCUACAACUACCGCCUAGAGGACCCCUCCAAGGGUAUGGAGUACUCCAACAUCCGCCUCAUCCGCGCCUUUGAGCACGGCUUGGACCCUACCUCAUCCGAGGCAGGCUUCGUCCUCGUCCACAUCGACAUGGUCAAGAACACCGGUCCUCUCGUGAAGGGAACCAUGGCCGCCCUUCGCUGCACCUCGCCAGGUUCCAUCGACCGCGCCUCCCUCAACCACGGACUGACAGAGGUCCUCGCCUCCCUGCGCAAGAUCAACAACACCAUGGAGACGAUGUGGGACAAGUCGCGGCCGCAGAGCUACACCAGUUUCCGCACAUUCAUCUUCGGCAUCACCAACCAGAGCAUGUUCCCCAACGGCGUCGUCUACGAGGGCGUCAAUGACGACAAGCCCAUGUCUUUCCGCGGCGAGUCCGGCGCCAACGACUCCAUCGUUCCCCUCAUGGACAACCUCUUGCAGGUGCCCAUGCCCGACACCCCCCUGACCGAGAUCCUCAAGGACUUCCGGUCGUACCGCCCCAGCAACCACCGUCAGUUCCUGAUGCACGUCAAGGACCGCUCCAUCGAGCUGGGUCUCAAGGACGUCGCGCUCGCCAUCAAGACCUCGGCCGACGGCCUGAGCAACGAGGAGCAGGAGGCCAUCAAGGAGACCCGCCGCCUGUGGCUGCUCAUCCUGCACCAGGUGCGCGACUUCCGCUGGCGUCACUGGUGCUUCGCGCGCGAGUACAUCCUCAAGCGCACCAGCCACCCGACGGCUACCGGCGGCAGCCCCAUCGUCACCUGGCUGCCCAACCAGCUCGAGGCCGUGCUGCAGGAGAUGGAGAACCUGUACGAGAGCGUCGGCGGGCGCGAGGGCGAGUGGGACCUCGGCGAGGAGCUCCGGGACGUCAUGGAUCUCGUCUCAAGACAGAAGCAGACUCUCCGCAAGGAGGUCGCAAAGUACUGCGCCGAGAGGGGGGUCAACCCUCACGCGAGCGCUUGA